AUGCAGAACGACGUGGGUGAGUUCAUGGACCUGUCCGUGCUGCGGAAAUGCCCCACAAACAACCGCAUCAUUGGAGCCAAGGACCACGCAUCCAUCCAGAUGAAUGUGGCCGAGGUUGACAGGGUCACAAGCCGGUUUCAUGGCCAGUUUAAAAUCUAUGCUAUUUGUGGGACCAUUCGAAGGACGGGUGAAUCAGAUGACCCUAUUCUUUGA